UUGCGUUUGUGCCGCAGCCGCUGAUCGUUUAAAGGUUUGAUAUCCUCGAUAUCUUCGGGUUGUUUAGUGUAAUUUCUUGAAUUAACUUUAUUUUUGACAAAAAAAAGCGUGUACAGAGCUUUACCUCAGAUUUUCAAUUUAAAAUUACCUAACGCAGAAAGUAUUUUAGAAAAUCUUUUUCUAUCGUUGAUUUCCGUCAAGAUGUCGAACAUCGCUCAGCAGCACGAUCUGGUGAAGGAUAGUUUGUUCAAAUUUAUUAAUGCUCAUAUUCCCGAUGCCGAUUUAAGCAUCGUCGAUGAUAUCGUUUUAUCAUAUGUAAUAUCAAUUUUGGAAGAGGCUUCACAAGAUCCUUGUUUUGAUGUUGAAGGUUUCAUUGAAAUGAUGUCGGCUUAUUUCAAUGAUUUCGCAAACAUCGAGCCAGCAACAGUUUGUUCAUGGAUUUUUCAAUUAGAAAAUCAGCUCUCUACGAAGCAAGACGUUCCUGGGGAAGUACACAAUUUGUCCUUAAAUUCAUUAAGCCUGGCUGAUAUUUUGCCAGAAGAAAAAUUACGUGGCCGACAGACUUCAUUGUUAGAAUUAGAGACUGCUGCCAAUGGUGUUGCACAUCCUAAGCGUGUCCAACAUCUAUCGGAAACAAGUGAUGCAGGCUCAACGGAUAGCUCCAAUUGUGACCUUUUUAGUGAGGAAUGCGAAGUUCUUCAAGAAAUGUUUCCAGAAAGCUCUUUAAUUGAGGUUAAGCAUUGCAUUCUUAUUGCUAACGGGGAUGUUGAUCGUGCAACUCAAAUUUUACUGCACCGCCAAGAGGCUGGACAAAGCCUAAAAGGAAAUCCUAGUAACAUGCAAACCAGCAAAACGCUUCCGCAAAUUGAUGAAACUGAGCUCAAAAACAGAAUUAUUUCAAGAUAUUCAUAUGUCGAUAAAGAGGAUCAUCGUGAGUAUAAACCAGUUGCCCCAAAGGUAGAACCAAAGAAGCUAAUUCGCUAUCGCGACAACAAAAUCGUAUCACUAAAAGGAGAACGUUAUACUGAGGUAUCACGACGUGGAGGCGAUGAAGAAACAGAGCUCAAAAAGCCUAAAAAACCGAUUUGUCCGUAACUAAAAAGAACAUUGCUGCUGAUGCUGUUCACAGCUACUACAAUAGCUACAAUUUUGUUCAGUAGUCCUCAUGAACUACCAAAGCAGGAUCAAUCACAAUUACAUUCGUUUGUCAUGUGUGUAGUAACUAUUUUAAUCUACGUCGUAGCGUCUCUUAUCACACAGAAGAAUAGAGUUGAGUGUAGUCAAAAACACCAGCAGCGAGAAGAAUUCGGCCAAUGUUAUAGACAUUUACGGUUGGCGGUUCAAAUAGAAUCUGGAGCUUUAUUUCAAAAUGAUCAUCUAAUGGAAAAAACAGUAUUCUACAGAAGUAGAACAGCUUCUAUGAUCCUAUGCGCUCCAUUUGCGAUUAAGAUGAAUUUUCCGAUAAGACUUGACUUAGAUAACGUAAUCCACUGGACUCAUACUAUUGUUUAUUGUUUCCUUGUAAUGACUCAAUGCGAACAAGAAAUCUCGUAUUAUAUUUCUUUUUAUCGUACUUUAGUUUUAGGUUCAUUAGAACUAUUCGAUGAUUGGUAUUUCAUAUUUAUUUUAGUGAUACUCUUCGUGUACUUAGUAUUGUCUAUUCUAGCAUUGAUAAUUUUGUUUAGUUG